AUGAGCACUCCUACAGUCACUACAGCGGUCGGCGCCGACAACCUUACCAUUCCACUCAUCGACUUCUCUGCCUUCCAGACCACGGACUCUACGAUCCGUGAAGCCACAGCCAAAGCCAUCCUAUCCGGCUUCCAGACAGCAGGCUUCAUUUACAUCCGUAACCACGGCAUCGACAAAGCGGCAGUGCAAGAAGCAUUCAAGUACAGCGCAGAGUUCUUCAAGAGACCAGUCAGCCAGAAAGAGCAGCUUGCAUGGACGACACCAGAGGCCAACCGCGGCUAUGUUCGCCAAGGACGUGAGAAGACAACAGAUCUCGUAGAUCCAGUCGAGAUUGAGAAACAAAGAGCCCUGGAAGGAGCUGACUUGAAAGAGUCUCUGGAGAUUGGUCGCGAAGGUGUUGAAGGAUUGGAAAACCAAUGGCCAGAUCGAUUCGACGCAGAUGGUGCAGUCUUCAGAGAAAAGAUGUUGAGCUUCUUUGAGAUUUGCAAGAACCUCCAUGUGCAAGUGAUGCAGGCCAUUGCGGUGGGUCUGGGCAUUGACGAGCACUGGUUUGAUAAGUUCUGCAAUGCGGGCGACAACACGCUGAGACUGUUGCACUACCCUGGAGUGAGCAGCAAGGUGUUUGCCGAGAACAAGAACAGUGUGCGAGCAGGAGCACACACCGACUAUGACGCAGGCUCAAUUACCUUACUCUUCCAAGAUGCUCGUGGUGGGCUGCAGGUACUGUCACCGAUGGGAACAUAUGUGAACGCGACACCGAUCGAAGACACAAUCGUGGUCAACGCAGGAGACUUGCUGGCGAGAUGGAGCAACGACACGAUCAAGAGUACCAAGCAUCGCGUUGUCGAGCCGCCGGUCAAGACAGAUGCAGACUUCCAUCCAGCAAGAUACUCGAUGGCCUACUUCUGCAAUCCUAACUUUGACAGAUUCAUUGAUGCGAUUCCUGGAACCUUUGAUGAGGCCAAGCAGAAGAAGUACCACGGAGUGAAUAGUGGCGACUAUCUGGUGCAGAGACUGACGGCAACCUAUUGA